AUGAAAGGUUUUGUUUGUGUUUCUGUUUUCCUGUCUUUGACAGCACUGGUGGCCGGCUCAACCUUGCCAACAAAUAACAGAGAACUACAAGAGGAAAACAAACAGGGAAUGUACCAAUCUAAACAAGGACACUGGUGUCAAUUGUGUCCAGCUGGAGAACAUUGGGUAAAAGAUUGUGAAAACGAUGAAGGACUUUCAACUUGUAAAACAUGUCCCGCAGACCAUUACAUGGAAAGUGCCAACCAUGCAACCUCUUGUAGUCACUGCACUGAUUGUGAACCUGAAAGAAAUCUGGUAAAAGCAUGUACCGAAAGAAAUGACACAGAAUGCCUGUGUCCUUCUGGUAAAUACUGGCAUGUAUACCUGGGAGACACUGGAAUUUGUCUGACUCACAGAGUUUGUCCUGGAGAAAUACUAAUACAAGGUACUCCAUGGAAUGAUGCAGUCUGUGGAGAGUCUAAAACUAACUCUGAAUCUCAUUCAACAUCUGAGAAUAUGGUAACUUCCAGAGAUGAUCCAAUCCUAUCUCUCAAGUAA